CCCACGCCGGGUCCCCCGGGGCUGCAGCAGCAGCAGCGGCGCCGCCCGUGGUUCCCGCCGGGGCCCGGGCAGCGGCCCCGCUCUGCAGGAUGGGCACGGUGCUGUCGCUGUCCCCUGCCUCCUCGGCCAAGGGCCGGAGGCCCGGCGGGCUGCCGGAGGAGAAGAAGAAGGCGCCGCCCGCGGGGGACGAGGCGCUGGGGGGCUACGGGGCGCAGCCAGCGGGCAAGGGCAGCAAAGGCGAGAGCCGGCUCAAGCGGCCGUCCGUGCUCAUCUCCGCGCUCACCUGGAAGCGCCUGGUGGCGGCGUCCGCCAAGAAGAAAAAAGGCAGCAAGAAGGUGACGCCCAAGCCGGCGUCCACCGGCCCCGACCCUCUGGUCCAGCAGCGCAACCGCGAGAACCUUCUCCGCAAGGGCCGCGAUCCCCCGGACGGCGGCGGCGCGGCCAAGCCCCUGGCGGUGCCGGUGCCCACCGUGCCCGCGGCCGCCGCCACCUGCGAGCCUCCGGCCGGGGGCAGCGCCGCCGCCCCACCGCCCGACUCCGGAGGGGGGAAGCCGCCGCCGCCGCCGCCUGCCGCCCCGCAGGCGGCGCCGCCCGUGCCCGGCGGGUCGCCGCGCCGGGUCAUUGUGCAGGCGUCCACCGGCGAGCUGCUCCGCUGCCUGGGCGACUUCGUGUGCCGACGCUGCUACCGCCUCAAGGAGCUGAGCCCCGGCGAGCUGGUGGGCUGGUUCCGCGGCGUGGACCGCUCGCUGCUGCUGCAGGGCUGGCAAGACCAGGCCUUCAUCACGCCCGCCAACCUGGUGUUCGUGUACCUGCUGUGCCGCGAGUCGCUGCGGGGGGACGAGCUGGCGUCGGCGGCCGAGCUGCAGGCCGCCUUCCUCACCUGCCUCUACCUCGCCUAUUCCUACAUGGGCAACGAGAUCUCCUACCCACUCAAACCCUUCCUCGUGGAGCCCGACAAGGAGCGCUUCUGGCAGCGCUGCCUGCGCCUCAUCCAGCGGCUCAGCCCGCAGAUGCUGCAGCUCAACGCCGACCCCCACUUCUUCACGCAAGUCUUUCAAGACCUCAAGAACGAGGGCGAGGCCGCCGCCGCCGGCUCCGGGGGUCCACCCAGCGGGGGCGCGCCCGCCGCCUCCGCCUCGGCCGCCAGGGACAGCUGCGCGGCCGGGGCCAAGCACUGGACUAUGAACCUGGACCGCUAGGGAUACCCGGGGGGCGCGCCCGCCCCCUGCCCCCGCCCCCGGCGCACAGUCGGAACCUCCCGGGACCAUCAAGCCGCCGUC